AGCCGCAUCUCAGGCCCAAAAUUCUCCAUCACAAUGAAGAUAAGGCAGCAGCAGAAAAAAUAACGUCAAAAAUGGAGGAAAAACUAUCGUCUGUAGCCAAGACACUAACACCUUCCCCCAUCCAACAACUGUCCUACCUCGCUCAAAGAUGUAACGCCGUCAACCUCGCCGAGGGCUUUCCCGAUUUUCCGGCGCCCCUCCACAUAAAAAAUGCCGCCGUCUCCGCCAUCAAUUCCGACUUCAAUCAGUACAGACACGUGCAAGGAAUUUGCGACCACGUGGCAUGUAAGAUGAAGGAAAUGCAUGGAAUUGCAGUUGAUCCGCUUACAGAUAUCGUCAUUUGCUGCGGCCAGUCCGAGGCGUUUGCUGCAACGAUUUUCGCAAUAAUUAAUCAAGGCGAUGAGGUUAUACUUUUCGAUCCAUCAUACGAAACAUACGACACUUGUAUCAGGCUUGCUGGAGGAGUUCCUGUAUAUGUUGGACUUGAUCCACCACACUGGACACUGAAUUCGGAUAAACUGGAGAAGUCGUUUACUAACAAGACAAAAGCAUUAGUGUUGAACAGUCCUCACAACCCAACUGGAAAAAUCUUCACCAUGGAUGAGCUUGAGAUCAUUGCUGGAGCUUGCCGGAGAAGGGAUUUGCUUGCUGUAACAGAUGAAGUAUACGAACAUAUAACGUUUGACAAUGAAAGGCAUGUAUCACUUGCUUCACUACCUGAAAUGCAAUCGCGAACAGUCAUUACAUCUUCCUUGUCAAAAACUUUCAGUGUUACAGGAUGGAGAGUUGGGUGGGCAAUUGCCCCCACUUGCAUCGCCUCUGCAAUCAGAAACAUUCAUAUCAAGAUUACAGAUUCUGCUCCAGCACCUUUCCAAGAAGCAGCUUUGUCUGCCUUGACAAGUUUCCCUGCUUACUUCGAUUCAUUGAGAAGAGAUUAUGAAUCGAAAAGAGAUUGCAUUUUCGAUUUGCUCGUCAAGGUUGGAUUCAAGAUGCAAUUUAAACCGCAGGGUUCGUUUUUCGUAUUCGCAGAGCUACCUGAAAGCUGGCCUCUUUCUGAUGUAGAAUUUGUAGAGGAAUUAAUAAAGCAAGCAGGCGUAGUGGCAGUACCAGGUUGUGGGUUUUUUCAUGACAAUGCAUCUGCAGAUUUCGAAUCCCAGCGAUUUAUCAGAUUCGCGUUUUGCAAGAGCGACGAUACGCUAGCCAUUGCUUCUGCAAAGAUUAGUGAACUCGUGGAUGCUACUGGCAAUCUCAAGCUAUUUAAAAUAAAUCAAUAAAUUUUGAUUCCAGUAUAAGAUAGAUGCUUGAAUUGAAAUUUCGAUUUUGUCUUGUAGAAAUUGGAGUUGAACUUAUCUUUUUCAAUUUAGUAUUGUCAAAUCUA